AUGUUGAGCGAAGGAGCAAGUGUAACAGCAGUAAUGGUUACAGUUCAAUUCCUGGAAAUGGGUGGUAACACUCUUAUCAAAGCAGCAACCAAUGAUGGAAUGAGUAUUUAUAUUUUCACUGUUUAUUCAAAUCUUUUUGCUCUAUGUGUCCUUCUACCAACCACUCUUUUCUACCAUAGAAAAAGAACUCCUCCUCCAAUUUCUACAUCAAUUUUCUACAGAUUGUUUCUUCUUAGUUGCCUAAGUACUUCAUCGCAGAUUAUGAUGAAUACUGGAAUUAGAUGCAGCUCUCCCACGUUGGCCUCUGCUAUGAUUGACCUUGUCCCAGCUUUUACCUUCAUACUUGCUGUUAUUUCAAGGAUAGAAAAUCUAAAUUUGAAACAACAUAGCAGUCAGGCUAAAAUUAUUGGUACAGUGGUAUCCAUAGCAGGGGCAUUAGUUGUGACAUUAUAUAAAGGGAUACCAUUGAUUAGUGGUGUUUUUCAAAAUAUAAAAAUGGGAGCAAGUGGUAUGUACCUCACAGGGAAUUCAAAUUGGAUACUUGGUGCUUUUCUUCUGGCAACUGCUAGCUUUUUCCUUUCUGUUUUAUUUAUCACCCAGACUUGGAUUAUUAGAGAUUAUCCUGAAGAGUUAGUGGUAACAACCAUUUGUUGCAGUUUGGUGGUAAUUCUAUCUGCAAUUGUAGCUCUCACUGUAGAAGGGUAUUCUAAAAUUUGGAUAUUGAGAUGUAAUAAAGAGUUGGUGUCUAUAUGUUAUUCAGCAAUUUUUACUGUAUCAAUGAGGAGUGUUGUGUAUGCAUGGGCAUUCCGAAAGAAAGGACCAAUAUAUGUAGCUAUGUUUAAUCCUUUGGGAAUGAUCAUUGCACUUGCCAUGGGGGUAAUAAUUUUGGGAGACAAUCUUUAUCUUGGAAGCAUGAUUGGAGCUAUUAUAAUAGCGAUUGGAUUUUAUGCUGUGAUGUGGGCACAAGCUCAAGAGGAAUACAAAACAAGCCAAAAUAAUAUUUCCAAAUCUUCUUUGGUCCCUCUUUUAUUCGAUUGA